CUUAAGAUUUUGAGAAAAUUAACAACCAAGGAAUCAUUUUUACUUGUCAAACCCCGGCCUGGUCUGUUAGGUAUGUUUCGUUAGCGUUCCCGGAAGUCUCGUGAUGUAGCACCUCUGGGUUUAGAAACUCUGUGAGUACAGUUUGAGACCAUAGGACUGCAGCGUACGCCCUUUGCGACUAUACUGUCAAUGGCGAACGAUACGGCAACGUCGGCAAGCGGUAGCAAGGAGAAGAUGGCGGAGGAAGAUACACAUGCAGAGAAAUUCAAGGAGAAGGCGAAUAAUUACUUUAAAGAGAGAGACUAUGAGAACGCGAUCAAAUACUACACGGAGGCGUUGGAGCUCAACCCGUCCAGCGCCAUCUACUUCUCCAACCGCAGCCUGGCGUACCUGCGGACAGAGUGCUAUGGCUACGCUCUGGCCGACGCCACCAAGUGUCUGGAGAUCGACCAGAACUACAUCAAGGGUUACUACCGCCGAGCCACGUCCAACAUGGCCCUGGGCAAGUUCAAGGCUGCACUCAAGGACUACGAGACGGUAGUGCGCGUGCGACCUAACGAUAAGGACGCUAAGAUGAAGUACCAGGAGUGCAACAAGAUCGUGAAGCGGAAAGCCUUCGAGAGAGCCAUUGCUAGCGACGAGAUUAAGAGAUCAGUCGUAGACUCCCUAGACAUCGAAAACAUGAUGAUCGAGGACCAGUACACAGGACCGAAGCUGGAAGAAGGGAAGGUGACAAUGAGGUUCAUGAAAGAGAUGAUGGAGUGCUUCAAAGACCAGAAGAAACUGCAUAGAAAGUGUGCUUAUCAGAUUCUGAUCCAAGUCAAAGAACUCUUAUCCAAACUACCCAGUCUAAUUGAGAUCACAUUAAAAGAGACAGAAAAGAUAACCAUUUGUGGCGACACACAUGGACAGUUCUACGAUCUUAUAAACAUCUUUGAGCUGAACGGCUUACCCUCUGAGACCAACCCCUAUCUAUUUAAUGGAGACUUUGUGGACCGUGGUUCGUUCUCCCUAGAGGUCAUCCUGACUCUGUUUGGCUUCAAGCUGCUCCUCCCUGACUCCUUCUACCUCCUCAGAGGUAACCACGAGACUGACAACAUGAACCAGAUGUAUGGUUUUGAGGGGGAGGUGAAGGCCAAGUACACCGCUCAGAUGUUCACGCUCUUCAGUGAGGUCUUCCAGUGGCUGCCUCUGGCCCAGUGCAUCAAUGGAAAAGUCCUGGUGAUGCACGGGGGCUCUUCAGUGAGGACGGAGUGAUGCUGGAUGAUCUGAGAAGAUCGACAGGAACAGACAGCCCCCAGACUCUGGUCCUAUGUGUGAUCUUCUCUGGUCAGAUCCACAGCCACAGAAUGGCCGUGUGUCUCUAAGCGAGGUGUGAGCUGUCAGUUUGGCUGACGUCACCGAGCGGUUCCUAGACCAGAACAAUCUGGAUUACAUCGUCCGCAGUCACGAGGUCAAGGCAGAGGGUUAUGAGGUCACACACUCAGGGAA